CAAAAUAAACAUUAUUAUUAUUAUAAACAAUCUGUCAAAAAUAUAUUUACAAAAAAUUUGUAAAUAAACAAUGGAUUUAUCAAAAAUGACUAAUGAAAAAAAAUUAUAUCUUUGUCGAUGGUAUUUUCGAACUGGAUUUGCAUUAUUACCAUUUCUCUGGGCAGUUAAUUCAGUUUGGUUUUUCAAAGAAGCAUUUGUUGUUCCAGCAUAUGAAGAACAAAAAGAAAUUAAAAAAUAUGUUGUAAAAUCAGCAAUUGGAGCAAUUUUAUGUUUUUCAAUAUUAUUUGCAUGGGUAGUAAUAUUUCAAACCCAAAGAGCAGCCUGGGGUGAAUUUGGUGACUCUUUGAGUUACAUUAUACCAGAAGGAAUACCAUAAUAAAUGCCAUCAAAUAUUAGACAAAAAUAUUUAUUAUACAAGAAGCACAUCAUUUUUUAUCUAUUAUC